AUGAAUCGUUUUGGUGAUAUCGAUGCUUCAUUUAAAAGACUUCCACCUGUUUAUGGUUAUCGUAGUGAAAAACUUGUUUCAAUUGACAAAGCACUUGAACCAAUCGAGCCUCAAAUUGAUGAAUUACCAUAUUAUAUUAAAAUAGCUAAAAAAAAUUGUCAUUUUCCAUCAGAACAUGGACUAUCAAAAGAUCAAUCAGCUGCUGUUUAUAUUUAUACAAUGGAAUGGGGUGAUACCACUUUAUAUCGUGUAUUAAAUAAAGCAUUACGAUCAGAAAAUCGACAAGCAUUAACAAUAUGGUUUCCAUAUUUAAAAUUAUUUGAUACAGCAUUGGACCAAUUACCAACCGUCAAGGAAAUUUUAUGGCGAGGUGUUCCUCUUGAUAUUGGCAAGAAUUUCACCAAAAAUCAACUUGUGACAUGGUGGAGUGUCAAUUCAUGUUCAUCAUCAGUUGAUGUUAUCAAAACUUUUCUCGGUAACAAUAAAAAUUCAACUCUUUUUUUAAUUGAAGCUGUUAAUGGAAAAAGAGUUUCUGGUUAUACAGAAUAUGAAAAUGAAGAUGAAAUUAUUUUACGAAUGGGUACACAAUUUCGUGUAAAAAGCAAUUCAUUAGAUCAUCCUAAUGGCUCAUAUGUUGUACAUUUGAUUCAAGUUGAUGAUAAUGACGAUGGACCAUCGGCAUCAUCUAUAAAUGAAAUGCAUCUGACUGCAACAGCAUCAAAUAAAGAAACUUUAGGUAAGUCAUUUAUGCUUUUUUUCUAA